CGGAAAUAGUGAAGCAUCACGGGUAAACACGUGUGGGGCUGAGCUCGGAGCUGUAACAUCGCACGAAAACUCAGCAGGUUGCUGCUUCCGGUUUGUUCGGCAUCAUGACCUCCAAAAACACUGCGAGCGGCGAUGAUCGCUUCUCCAAAGUCAAGAAGGACCCCCGUUUCUGGGAGAUGCCCAACAAAGAGCGCAAAAUCAAGAUCGACAAGCGCUUCCAGUCCAUGUUUCAUGAUGAGCGCUUCAAACUGAAGUAUACAGUGGACAAACGUGGUCGACCCGUCAAACACACGUCCACUGAGGACCUGAAGCGCUUCUACAAGCUUUCUGACUCCGAACAGUCUGAUGAUGAAGAUGAAGACGAAGAAAAAACUGAGGUGGAACAGAAAGAGAAAAGAGGCUCAGAGGCUGACAAGGAAGCUGAAGUCAAGGAGGAUGAUGAUGAUGAAGAGGAGGAGGAGGAGAGCGAUGAAUCUGAACAAGAAGAAGAGCAGAAGAUCCCAAAGAAUAAAGAAGCAAAGAAAACUAACAAGGGAGUGAGAGUAUAUGAAGAAGAUGAGGAUGUGGAAUCUGGUGUUGAAGAGGAAGAGGAGGAGGAUGAUGAUGAUGAAGAUGAAGAGAGUGACAGCGGGCCUGAUCUGGCCAGAGGGAAGGGGAACAUUGAGACCAGCUCUGAUGAAGAUGAGGAUGAUGAUGAAGGUGAUGAGGUGGAGGAUGUACUACAACGUCAGAAAGAGGAGAUCGAGCAUGACUGGGGAGAGAUGUGGAAAGACGCUCCACGCAGUGAUGAUACGUCCCGGCGGUUAGCGGUCUGUAACAUGGACUGGGACAGACUGAAAGCUAAAGAUCUUCUGGCUCUCUUCAACUCAUUUAAGCCCAAAGGAGGCGUCGUGCUGUCUGUGACGGUCUAUCCAUCUGAGUUUGGCAAGGAGAGGAUUCACACAGAACAGACUCAGGGUCCACUGGAGCUCAGCAGCCUCUCAGAAAACCCUGAUGCAGACACUGAUGAGCAAAGGAUCUACAGAGAGAAAGUGCGUGAUUAUCAGUUCAAGCGUCUGAGGUAUUAUUAUGCCGUGGUGGAGUGUGACUCUGUCGAAACGGCAUCGAAGAUUUACGAGGAGUGUGAUGGCAUUGAGUAUGAGACCAGCUGCUCCAUGAUUGACCUGCGGUUCAUUCCUGAUGAUGUGACGUUUGAGGACGAGCCGAAGGACCGGGCGACGGAUGUGGAUUAUGGCUCCUACAAACCCAAACUUUUCACAUCGACGGCCACCACCACCUCCAAGGUGGAGCUGACGUGGGAUGAGACGGAUCACGACCGUGUUUCUGCUCUCUGCCGCAAGUUCAAUAAGGAUGAGCUGCUGGACAUGGACUUCAAGGCUUACCUGGCUUCAUCCAGUGAGGAAGAGGAGGAUGAGGGGGAGCAGACAGAAGCCGUGAAGCCGGUUGAGUCUCUAGCGGAGGAGAAGACGGCCAGUAAAGAGAAGAAAGGCUCAGGGCAGAUUGAUAAAUACAGAGAAUUAUUGAAGAGCAUUCAGGACAAAGACAAGAAGGAGGACGACGACAACAAAAUGAACAUGGAGAUCACAUGGGUGCCAGGGCUGAAAGAAUCAACUGAGAACCUUGUGAAGAAGAAAAUGAUGGGCAAAGACAGACUGACUCCGUGGGAGGAGUUCCUGGAGAAGAAAAAGGAAAAAAAGAAGGAGAAAAGGAAAGGAAAGAAGGAAGUGGUGGAGACGGAGCUUCAGAUCAGCGAUGAUGAACUUCCUCCUGAUGUUGACCUCAGCGACCCCUUCUUCACAGAGGAGCUUGGAUCCUCAGAGUCCCUGAAAAACAAAAAGAGCAAGAAGAACAGGAAGAAGGAAGAGGACAGGACGCCAGAAGAACAGGAGAAAAUGGAGAGGCAGAAGGCUGAGAUGGAGCUGCUGAUGGAUGAUGAUGAAGAUGACAAACACAAACACUUCAACUACGACAAGAUUGUUGAGCAUCAGAACCUGAGCAAGAAGAAGAGGAAGAAACUGCUGAAGAGCAACACACCUCUGGAGGAAGGAGACGACUUUAAGGUGGAUGUUCAAGACCCACGUUUUCAGGCGAUGUUCACGUCUCAUCUGUACAACCUGGACCCGUCUGACCCAGCCUACAAGAAGACCAAAGCCACGCAGAGCAUCUUAGAGGAGAAACAGCGGCGCCGAGAGGAGAAACACAGUCAGGAGGAGACGAGGAGGAGCAAACACACACAGGAGGAGGACAAAACACACACUCCAUCAGCAGCAGCAGCAGCCAUGGACCCCAGUUUAUCACUGCUCAUCAAGUCUGUCAAGAACAAAACCCAACAGUUUCAAGCACGCAAGAAGCAAAAGACAAAAUAGACGGAGAACGAGAGAUGCAUUCAUUGAUGUUUUAUGUAGAUUGAUUGACUUUCUUGUGAUUGGUGACAAAACGGAAAGAUAUUUCAUAAUGAAUUUCAUAUUUUCUCCUAGUUCACAAUCAUUAAAACUGGUUUGUUUGAAGGUUUAA